CUCAGACCCCAUUAUUGAUUUCAGCAUUCAACGGUGGUCGUUCACAAUUCACAACAGUAUGUGUAUGUUUAGGCGUUGGGUCUGAUAUCAUCCUUUUGCUCCCUCGACAUUGGAUUUUGACCUACGGGUUCUGGUCUACACGCAGUCAUGGAUCAAUUCGUCAACACUCCGCAAACCACCAAAGAUGCCUCUCGCAUAAGUAUUCGGUCUAAUCCUUUUGACAAGAUGUCGCCGGAAAAGUCAUUCGCAGCGCCUACGCAGCCAGGUGACCUGGUUAGCCAGAUGAAAGAUGCGAAAGGCCAUGGCAUGAACCUCAAAACCCCGCGAGCUGGCGCGCCCCGAGAUCCUUUGCGACUGCUCCCAAAUGUCAACCAACGUCGAUCAGAGUUCACUCCAAUCAUGGCCAGUGUCACGAAAAAUAACAUCGCUCGUCGCCUUUCCAGCAAGAAAUCGAGCUCGCACAACACACCCGCAUAUUUCAGUAGCCGUACCCCUGCAAACCGGAGGCUCAGCGAUCUAUCGCGCCUUGAUGGCGAGAACACUUCCAGCUCUGCAGGUAACACGGUCGACAACACUCCAAUGCCGCAACAGCCCAGCAGCAGUGCUCAAAGUACGCCCAUUGCCCAGUUCUCUGGACGCAACAUGGGCGGACUCGUUAAUGACGGGAAUAUGAUGACGCUGCGAGAACAAGAGGGUGUCAUUGACAAGGUUGAAAAGGAGAAUUUUGGGUUGAAGAUGAAAAUACACUUCUUGGAAGAGGCACUGUCGAAGCGUGGGAGCGAGUUUAACCAGGCUGCGCUCAAGGAAAACACGUCUCUGAAGGUCGACCAGCUCACGUUGCAGCGCGAACUUUCAAAAUUCAAGAGGUACAUUGCGCAAGCCGAACGAGAUGCCGAGCUCUACAGAUUACAGCUUGAAGAAUACAAGGAGAAGAUUAGACGCAAACAGGUCGAUGAACAUGUCCGAGCCGAGCUCGAAAGCCUUCGAUCCGAGCUGCAGGAGAAAGACAGUCUGAUCAAACGACUGGAGUCGCACAAGAACGACGCCGAGAACCAGGAACGAUCAGAUAUCAAAAAACUCAAGGAUGAGAUUGACGACUUGCAAGCCGAACUCCGGGAAAAGGACCGCGCCAUUGACGAGCGAGACGACCAAAUCGACGACCUGAAGAUGAAGGCAAGCAAGGAGUCCAAUGAUGUUGCUACGAUCGAGGACGAGUUGGAUUCUGUGCGGCAAGAGGUUGAAGAUUUGAAGGAAAGUCUUGAGCGGGCGGUAUCGGAAGCGCAGGAGGCCAAAGAAGCACAAGAGCAGGCGUUGGAGGAGAAACGCAAAGCCGAAGAUGAUCUUGACGAGCUCCGCGACGAAAUGGCUAACAAGUCCUUCACCACGAAAGGCCUCAGCAGGCAGCUAGAAGAAAAGGCAAACAAGUUGGAAGAUGAUUAUCACGACCUGGAAGAACGGCAUGAGGCCCUGCAGGCUGAGUUGCGUGAAAAGUCAGAAGCAGAGAGACAGUUACGAGAGAAACUCCGUGACAUGGAGCGGGAAGGAGCGUCUGACAUCCGCAGACUACAGCAAGAACUGGAACUAUGCCAGCAACAGCGAGACACUCUCGACCGCAAGCUUGCCAGCAUGACGAAGCAACUGGAGACUGCAGAGCAGGACUUGCAAGUCAAGGUCGAUGAGAAGGACCUGCUACAAAUUCGACAUGACGCCUUGACUAAGGAAUCUGCCGAGUUACAGAGGGACCUUGACACAGCCAAAAGCUCGUUGAGAGAAGCGGAAGCCGCCUUGGACGAGGAGAGACAGCGAUCUGCCUUGACCGACAACGCCCUGAGGACGCAGCAUAAGCACGAGAUCGACCUGCUACACGAGCAAAUCGAUGGUCUGCACCGGGAAAUCAAUGCAAAGAACAGCGACUAUGCGGCAGACAUGGAAGAACGGGAGGCGCAGAAACGAACACUUGAAGCAGCAUGUCAAAAGGCGGAGGAGAAGGCCAAAGGCUUGCAACGCACUGUUGACAAACUUCAGGAUGCGCAGGGGACCCUUUCCAAUCGUGAACUCAAGCUACAAGAAGCGUUACAAAGCGAGGUACAACGGCACAAGCAGGAAGAGAAGGUGCUCUCCAAGCAGAUUGAAGAGCUCCAGCAAGAUCUUGCGGCUAAACGAGGUGCGGCGGAUGAGUCUCGAACAGAGUUAAACAACGCCAGAGAAGAGCUACGGAUCUCCAUUCGGGAACAGGCGGCUCUGAAGGAAAAGGUGGCAGAGCUGGAGGAAGAGAUCGAAGUGCUCCAGGCGGACAUUGAGCAGGAACAUGAAUACGCGCAGCACUUACAGAAGACACACUCGUCAGACGCGGAAGUCCAACUUCAGAAAAUGCGGCUUGAAAAGCAAAACCUGCAAGGGGAACUUACAACCGUCAGUCAAGAACUGCGGAAGACACAAAAGGCCCUGGAAGCUGCCGAAAAAGAGCGCGAUGACCUCGAAGCCAAGCUGCAAGCGGCCCAGAAGGCGAACGACGAUACCUUCAAUGUCGACCAGGAGAAGCGCGAGCUGAAACGACUCAAGGUCAAACUGGAGAAGGAUGUUGCACGGCUCACCACCGAACGAGACAACCUCGCUGAGGCCAACCGUGCACUUGAAGACGAGAUCAACGCAGAACUUGAACGUGCCGGUGAAGAAGAGAACCGGCUCCAGGCGGAAAUCGACUCCUUGCGUAACCAGAAACAUGCCAGUGUGGAGAGCAAGGACCGUGAACUAACAUCUGCAAAGAACAAGAUCACUCGUUUGGAGGUCAAGGUCAAGGAGCUCGAGGCGAUGCUAGAAGGCCAAUCCCGGGUAACAGGUUCUCCCACUGCUGACAUUUCCGGCCUGACCCGUGACCUGGCCGAGGCGAGGAAGAAUGAAACAAUAUCGGCCAAACGAGAGACAGACUUGAAAGCGGCGAAUCGCGAGCUGAAGAUGCGAGUCAAUGACCUGGAGCGGGAAUUGCACGAAGCAAAACUUGCCCAGUACAAGGCCAAGUCUCCUUCUGUUUCUCCACCUCCGUCCAAUUCCAGGGAGCUGGCAAAGAUGCGUCAAGAUCUAAUGGAUGCCCAAGCUGAAAUCAAGGUCCUGAGCUCGGACAAUCGUGAUCUGAAGCGAACAGCUCGCAGGGCCUCCACAAUAGAGAAAGAACUCGAGGAGCUCCAGAGCCUCCUCAGGAUUCGUACCGCGGAAGCCGAAACAUUGAGUGCAACUGUGGCAGAGCAGAAAGACCUGGUUCAUGACUUGCGAGAACAGCUCAGUUGCAUGCGGAAACAGAAAGACGAAACCGGCCAUCUCUCGCUCGACAUGCGCAAACGUGAGCGGCAGGUCAAUGACUUGAAAACCGAGCUAAAGCGGUUGCGGGAAGAGCUGGGGCGGAACGAUCUGUCGCUCCGGCUUUCAGUACGCGACACUGAGGCCCGUGAGAUGAAAGACCAACUUCGGCGUCUUCGUGAAGAACGCAGCCUCGCCAACAAGAAGGCCGGUGCCGUGGAAAAUGAACUGGAAGCUUUACAGAGCCGAUACGAGAAUAUGCUUGAGAAGCUGUCCUCUGGCAAAUCGAGCAAGGACGAGAUCUGCGAAAAGGAAGUGAAAGGCCUCAUCAAGGAAAUUAUGUGGUUGAAAGCCAAGUGCAAACGAGAGGAACGACUACGGAGAGAUCUUGCUUGGAGCAAGGGCUUCCUGGAGCAGUCCGAGGCUAUGAGGGUUCAAUGCAACCAGGUUGACCUUCGCAUACUGGGUGAGAUGGGAGUGUCUCUCGACAGCCGCAAGUACGAGACUCGGUUGAAGCCGGUGCAGAAGUUCCGUGCAGCAGUGUCGGUCGUGAUUGCGGCCAUCCGCAUGAGCAACAUGGAGGAGCAAUGGAGAGAUGCUCGUCUGAUCGGGGAAGAGUUGAAGAUCAUGCGGAUGAAACAGACUAAGUCGCGCUCGAGAGCCCGUGUACUUGACAUUUAAGAUAAAGGAUGGAUCUACGGCGUUCUUGGAUCGGGUGCGGGUAUGGCCUUGCAUGGACAUUUGGAUAUGCAUGGACCGGAGUCUGUUGUUUGUGAUGACUUGACGACCAUUAGGAAACUUGAUACUCUGACAGGGCGGUUUGACUGGUUUAUGAAUAUGAAUGUGAAUUGACUCCUCGGUUGCAAUUCCGAACGAGGAAUAUAAUAUGAUAAAUGCACGCCGCAGUUAUGGUGACGGCGACAGCGCACAAGCGGAAACCAUGCGCCUCCCCAUUUCGGUGCUUUGUCC